GAUACCAAUGAUUGCGUGACGACAUAUUUCUGACAUUAUUUCAUUUUUAAAAAUAAUUAGGAAAAAGGUAUUGUGUUAUAUUUUGUUGUAUUUGGCUAGUUAACGAGUGACCGCAAUCAUGACAGACACUCUGACUGCUAUAAGCGAGAACACCAAGAUGGCGAGGGAGACAGCCCUGUUUGGACAAUAUGACACAUCACUUGUCUACUACCAGGGGGUCAUUCAAGAUAUUCAGAAGUACUUAUCUGCCAUCAAAGACCCAGACAGACGAAGAAAAUGGAUGCAGGCCAGAGAAAUGAUAUCCUCUGAGUGUGAUCAGGUUAAGGAGAUUUGUUCUACACUGGCAAGCUUCAAGACGACAAACACCAGACCCCCAGCUUAUAACUAUGACAACCAGGAAAUUGGAUCCCCCUACGGAAACUUUGGUAGAAAUGAUUAUUCCAGACACGAGGAGCCCACAAGAGACCCUGAUGUGUGGCCACCACCAACCCCCGUAGAACACAGACCUGGUCCUAAUAUACGAGCAGCUAGGAAGCCAGAGCCAAGCAGAAAUCGCCAAGCACCCAGCCGUCCUGGAUACGGGGACAGGAGAGGGCCGAGUCAACCCAGUGGUCGGGGGAGGGGAGGACCAGGUCAAAAGGACAACAAGAAAAAACAAGAUGAUGGAGAAAAGAAGUUUGAUCCUACUGGAUAUGAUAAAGAUCUGGUAGAGAAUCUGGAAAGAGACAUUGUCCAGAAAAAUCCCAAUGUUAGCUGGGACAGUAUAGCUGAUCUGGUGGAGGCUAAGGCCCUCCUGAAGGAAGCUGUGGUUCUACCUCUGGUCAUCCCCGACUUCUUCAAGGGAAUCAGGAGACCUUGGAGGGGAGUGUUAAUGGUGGGCCCACCUGGCACAGGUAAAACCAUGCUGGCCAAAGCGGUGGCAACAGAAUGCGGCACCACAUUUUUUAAUGUCUCCUCCUCCACCCUUACCUCCAAAUGGCGGGGGGAAUCCGAGAAGCUUGUCCGAGUUCUGUUUGAAAUGGGGGUGUUGAUGGUCGGUCCACCGGGAACUGGCAAGACCAUGUUAGCUAAGGCGGUGGCUACGGAGUGUGGGACCACAUUCUUUAAUGUCACCUCCUCCACCCUCACCUCUAAGUACCACGGAGAGUCCGAGAAACUGGUGCGGAUUCUGUUUGAGAUGGCUCGGUUUUACGCCCCCAGUACUAUAUUUAUUGACGAGAUUGACUCCAUUUGUUCCAAGAGAGGAGGAGGGCAGGAACACGAAGCUAGUCGCCGUGUUAAAUCAGAACUCCUGAUACAGAUGGAUGGUGUAUCUGCCACACAGUCUACGGAUGAGGAGGGAGAAAACAAGAUUGUGAUGGUUCUGGCUGCCACUAACUUCCCCUGGGACCUGGACGAGGCCCUGAGAAGACGACUGGAGAAACGAAUCUACAUUCCACUUCCUACAGAAAAAGGAAGAGAAGAGCUGCUGAAAAUCAACUUGAAAGGAGUACAGAUAGCCAAGGAUGUUAAUCUGGCCGCGGUAGCCAAAAAUCUGAACGGUUACUCCGGAGCUGACAUCACUAACGUCUGCAGAGAUGCUGCCAUGAUGUCAUUCCGGCGGAGAAUUAGUGGACUGAGUGCGGAACAGAUCCGUAUGAUUCCUAAGGAGGAGCUGGAACUGCCGCCCACCAUGGAGGACUUCAACAACGCCAUCAAGAAGGUCAACAAAAGUGUGUCCAACGAGGACCUGGAAAAGGAAAAAAUGGCGGAGAUCGCUGAAUCGGAGAGCGACUACCAGCCAGAUGUAGAUCACCACAGUUUUAACCCAGACAAUGUGAACACGGCUGAGUCGACGACCUUAAACCCUGAUCACAUGAUGGAGGUGGACAAAGUGACGGAGGCUGGUUCCUCUGUGGAUGGUGUAGAUCACAUGUCAUGGUCCGGCGAUUCCCUGGAUCACAGUCUCCGUUUGGAGGAGGUUCCGGUUACUGCAGGGGGAGAUCACUCUAGUUUACAGUGUAUGUCUCCUGCUGAGAAGCGACAGAGGAUAGACGACAGCGGAAAGGAGUCUCCUCGGACGUCAGCGAGGGCAUCGCCUCGACCUCACACAGGGGACAACCACUCGGUGUCAUCAGGAAAAGCUUCCUCUACAGAAGAGUCCAGAAAAAGUCCCGAUCAUAAAGCUCAAGAUGCACAACGAAAAGAAAAAGAGAAAGAAAGAGAGGAGAAGAUCCGCCUUCAGCGAGAGAAAAUGGCAGAGGAACGGGCCAAAAAGUUAGAGGAGAUGAAGGAACAGCAGCGACUGGCUCAGGAGAAGAGAGACCGGCAGCUGGAGCUCCGGAGGAUGAAGAUCGAAGAACUCAAGAGACGCGAUGAGGAACGCAGGGUGGCCGUCGAGGAACGACGCAGAAAACUAGAAACUCAAGACAAGGCUAGAAAGGAGGCCAUUAUCCAGAAAUCCAACGAGCGACAGACGCGAUACGAGCAGUGGAAGGCCCAGAUGAGCAGUCGUAAAGGUGGGAUAAGCUACGUGAUCGGCUUUGGAAGUCGAGCACCACGCUCAGUGUGUCAGCCUCUAGAGCGCCGCCGAUCAUCCUCUCAUAGCACUAUCUAUCGCCGCUCACCGCAGGGCUCUGAUGCCGACUCUUAUAUUCCUCACAGACGGGCUUACUCGGCCUGUAGCGUGCGGAGACACUGCUGUAUAGAUAUUAACAAACUCACGGGGCAGGCACCCAGUGGACCCCCUCCAACGAGGCCCAGGAGCACAAUGAACCUGUUUCACAGGGAACCAGUCAAGUUACGGGAGAAGACCACCCCCAGGAAGCCCCGCCCGGCCAGUAUCGCGGGAUCCUCCCCUAACUUCUCUCCUAACGUGAAGAAGACGGCAGACUCACGUAGCAAAAGUACAGAUCGAAUCUCAAGACCGAGAGAGAGAUCCAAACCUCCCACUCCUAGACUGUUCCCAAAGAAAGAUGUGGACACACAGAAAAACAUCAAAGACACGCCCAAGAAGGAGACCCCCAAAGAAAUCCACAGGAGGGACCUGUCUAAAGACAUCAGCAAGAAAGAGAAAACACCAGCGAAAAAAGAGACUCCAAAACACGAGAAGGAUGAACAGAACAAGCAGGAGAAGGCCUCGGACAAGAAGACACCAGUAAAACAGCCCGAAACAAAGACACCUACCAAAUCUAUGUCAAAGGAAAUCAAGAAAGAGGUCAAGGUCAAGAAAGCAGUAGCAACAACCCCAGAGAAGGAGAAAGCCCUCCUGGAUCAGAAACCAGAAUCCAAGAGCAAAGAGGAGAAAGAAGUUGCUGAAAAUGUUCCUGAAAAAAUAGAGAAACCAGAUGUGGUAGAACAAGAGGCAGAUGUGAAAGACAUCAAAAUUACUGAAGAUCUUGUUUCCUCAGAGUCUGUCGAAGCUUCAUCAGUAGUCACAGAAAAAGUGUCCACUCCAGAGCCAGAGGAAACACCAGAGACGACUGAACCCAAACCAGAGACACCAGAACCUUCUGUUGCUAAAACACCAGAACCUAAACCGGGAACACCUGAACCUGCUGGAGCCAGAACACCGGAAUCCAAACCAGGUACACCAGAACCUACAGGGGUCAGGACACCAUCGUCUGCUCCAGGCACUCCAGAGAAGGUGGCCACCAGGACUGUAUCUCCCAAGCCAGGAACCCCACCACCGUCUGCCAGAGCCGCAUCCCCCAAACCAGGGACCCCCUCAUCUGCCACCAAAAGUAAGAAGGAACUGGAACUAGAGGAGUACAAAAACAAACUGGCAGAGAAACGACGCCAGGCGAGAGAGAAGGCAGAGAGAGAGGCAGAGCUAGAGAGACAGCGACAGGAGGAGAUAAGGCGUGAGGAGGAGGAGAGACAGAGACGUGAGGAAGAGGAACAGAGGAAGAUGGAGGAAGAGGCCCAACAGCUGGCUGCCCAGGCCAGGCAGGCCGAGGAAGAGAGGCUCCGAAAGGCAAUAGAGGCCGAGGAGCUCCGAAAGAAGGAGGAACAAGAGAGACUGGAGCAGGAAAAGAAAGCAAGAGAAGAAGCAGACCAGCGAGCCCGAGAGGAGGCAGAGAAAGCGGAACGUGAGAGACAGGAGAAAGCCAAACGGGAUGAGAUGGAACGUCAGGAGAGGAAAAAGAGACUGGAGAUGAUCAUGAAGAGGGUGAAAUCGGAUUCUCCACUGAACGCUUCUGCUGGCAUUUCAGCAUCCACAGAAAAUCUCAGGAGUGAUGUAAUGUCGUCUUCUCUAUCUGCCUCUCGCCUCGGAACUCUGACCGCUUCUUCUGACCGACUGGACGAUCAGAGGACCAGUGAAAACGGAGUGUCGUUCAACUUAGAGGACACAAACGGAGAGGGAAAACCCCAGGAAAACGCGGGAUCCAAGUUCAAAUCUCCACUUCUACAGAAACUAGUGGAAAACAAAUCUCAAAAUGGGGGCAGUGAAACACCCAAAUUCAAAUCACCACUCUUACAAAAUUUGCUAGGGAAAAAAGGAAGGUUAAAUUUAGAUAAAUUAGAUAGUGAAAAAUCUGAUGGAUCAGAUCAUGAGAGAAAUGACUCCAAACCUGAAAACGGAGAUUCUACUCCGGAGGAGACAAGUGAUAGUGAACUGGCAGUGAAGAGUUCCUCACAAGGGGAUGUAACUCUUGAAAAAAGUGAUAGUAUAGAAAGUGAGGAAAAUAGUAGCUCCAGUGACAGUAAAGUGGAGACUGUGAUACCAGGAAGUGAGGAUAGCAGUGUACAGAACGGACAUCAAGAACUAAUAGACUCUAGUAUUAGCAUGACAAGAGAUGACUCUUUGGGAACUCCAGUGACAGUUGACAGUUCUCUCAGUGCCUCUCAGAGUCAGCAGGUGCAACCAGACUCAGAGUUUGAGGAGGUUAUAGACUUAAACAAUAGGAACAAAGCCUUAGCUAAUACGGAGGACUUGCUGAAUUUGAAUACUGUAGAGGGCUUAGAUAACCGGGACGCUGGAGACGACAUCAUACCAAAACCAAUCAUCGCCUUCCAAGACAAUGCAACCAGACGACAAGAAGUCACAGUGUUAACAAAUGGGGUGACCAUGGGGACAGAUGAUUCCACCAAUCAUCAUAAUGGGAUAGAGGAGAGGCCCCCCAUGGGGAGCAGCUCAUCCUCAGUCAUCUUAAGUCAUCAUGUGACGUCAUCAGGGGGUAACCCUCAGAAAUCACCGCCCCCCACUCAGAGGGACGUGCUCUGGCAGCAGCUGGAGAAGGCCAUGGUGUCCAGUAUUGAUCGGGUCCGGUCGACACUGGAGGAUCAUGGGAUAGGCGAGGGGGAUGAGGACAGUGAGUCUGAGGAGGGGAACAUCUGGAGAAUGGUGCAGGGGGAUUCCCCGUACACCAUAGAAUUUGUCUGAUCCAUCUCAUGCUAGGGUAGAAGGAUGUGUGUACAAUUACGAUUGUUUCAUUUUAGUCUCAACAUUGAAAGAGUAUUACAUGAAUUAGGAUAUCAGUUCUUGAGCAUAUGAUGUAUGAUGAUAAUGAAAUUUUGAGAUACCAAUAAUGUAACAAAUGAUAUGUAAUUAAUUUUGAGGUUGGAAUCUCAUUAAAAGUUUCCAUUUGUUAAUAAUGCUAAAAAGGCAGAGAAAUUGAUAAAAAUAGUAACAAGAUUUGAGGAUUCCCAUUGAUCCCCAUUGUGAUCCCCAGCCAUCCAUAUGUAUAGAUUCACUGUAUUUAUUUAUAGAUCAUUCAUAGUCACAUGACUGUCAUGUGAUAUAUGGAUGACAAUAGGUGCGGUAUGGGUUUACAGAUUUUGUGAUUUUUUUCUCCCCACAUUCAUUGAGUAUUUGCUUGCAUUUGAAUAGUGCAUAUUUAUAGUAUUUUUAAUGUUACUGUUACUAAGUGCAUCAGUUACUUUUUAUGACCUUUUUUACUAUAAUUUUUUUAAUUUAUAUUGAUUUAUUUUUCCUGUGUUGAACAUAAGGAACAAUGGUAAAACUGGUGUACAUUUGUUGACCUCUUUCUGUAUCUUACCAAGUGCUCAUCUGUAUAACAAACUGUCAUAGGUGGUAUAUAAGAACAGAGAAAGCAAAUGUAUGUAGUAGGGGUGAAAUUGUGAUAUCAUCUCAUUAUAUUGGUAAUAUAUGUAUCUUAAUACAUGUAGAGAUAUUUUAAACUAUACUGACAGUAUUUAUUAUAAGAAAUAUCCGUAUCUAGUCUUGUAUUCAAUACAGUAUACAAAUUACUGUUACAAAAACUUGUAAUGACCUCCCUAUGUACCUUGGGAGCCUGCCAGUUAUAAACCUCAGGACAUAGAUUUUUUGUCAAAUUUAAUGAAAUAUUACCUUCCAUACUUGGAAAAUGACACUAUGUGUAAUGUCUUACGUAAAAGUUCAGCUGUCGAUUCUUGUAAGUUCAUAUGUGUUAACUAAAUUCAAAUUUUUCCCCGACCAAUUCUUGUAAUUCUGGGGAAAAAGUCAUCAUAAAUUCAAUGAAAAAAAUUGUCAAAAUUUUUCCAUAAAGCAAUUCCAGCAUUUUGUCCUUUCAGUUCAUUUUACCUAUCGCUAGUGAGAUGUACCAGUGAGAGAUGAACAAGUAACAAGAGGCAGAUCUAGGCUACCUAGGUCUCCUCUUAAGGCUUUAUCUCAUGUUCACCCGACAUCAGCUUAGUUAUUAGGAUCCCUUAUUUCGUUAUGAUUUAUUUAAUUUCAUUAUCCCAUUAUUUGUAAUAAGCUUAUUGGGGUUUAUAAUGUGUCUCAGCUAAGCAGAGUGGUCUUAUCUGACAGUAGUUACAGAUUUCAGAAGAUUAUACUCUAGACAGACUUUAUUCUAUAUCCCAUUUUCCACAGGAAAUAAUCCCUUUCCUCAGCCUAUCUAUAAUCUUGUCCUAAUGAAAAUUUUUAAUCCCAAUUCUCAUAAACAUGAUUUGAUAAUAAUGACUGCAAGUAAAGAGAGAUAACUCUGCCAGGAUUGCUUUGACACAUUAUAAGUAGACCAGUCAGGGGUGAUGGGCCAAUCAGAGCACACCUCUAGGUCCCUUGUGGUGGUUCACAUUUCGACAGAAACUAACAAGGGCCUUAACUCAUUUCUUUUUAUUUUGUGUGGUUUUGGUGAAAUAGAAUGCUGGAAUUGUUUGAACAAGUUUAUAACUGAAAUGAUUACAUUGAACAAGUAAUUAUUGACUCUCUUGAACUGUGGUAACUAUAUUUUACAGAACGGUUAAUUAAGAUAACCUCAUUAACUAGGCUUGUUUCGUACAACUUUACAUCUGACCAUUCAUACAGAAGCCCCGGUUCUAUGGCGGAUCUUAUGUUCUUUGUACUUACUGUAACUUUUGUCUGUAAUAUGGCUAUUGUACAUGAAUGAUCUAGCUUUGCUUUUUCCUGACAUCAGUUAAAUGCAGAGCUAAUGUGUCUUGUCACUACAAAAGAUAAAUAAAACACAAAGAAAUUCA